CGGCGCCCGCCAGCCUUCCCCCGCGCCAUGGCCCUGCGCGCCCGGCGGCGCCACCCGCUGUCCGCGCUGCUGCUGCUCUGCGCGCUGCUCGCCCGGCUGCAGGUGGCUCUGCAGAUCGCUCCUCCAUGUACCAGUGAGAGGCAUUAUGAGCAUCUGGGACGGUGCUGUAACAAAUGUGAACCAGGAAAGUACCUGUCUUCUAAAUGCACUACUACCUCUGACAGUGUAUGUCUGCCCUGUGGCCCGGAUGAAUACUUGGAUACCUGGAAUGAAGAAGAUAAAUGCUUGCUGCAUAAAGUUUGUGAUACAGGCAAGGCCCUGGUGGCCGUGGACGCCGGCAACAGCACGGCCCCCCGGCGCUGCGCGUGCACGGCUGGGUACCACUGGAGCCAGGACUGCGAGUGCUGCCGCCGCAACACCGAGUGCGCACCGGGCCUGGGCGCCCAGCACCCGUUGCAGCUCAACAAGGACACGGUGUGCAAACCUUGCCUUGCAGGCUACUUCUCAGACGCCUUUUCCUCCACGGACAAAUGCAGACCCUGGACCAACUGUACCUCCCUUGGAAAGACAGUAGAACAUCAUGGGACAGAGAAAUCCGAUGUGGUUUGCAGUUCUUCUCUGCCAUCUAGAAAACCACCAAAUGAACCCCAGGUUUACUUGCCCGGUUUAAUCAUUCUGCUUCUCUUCACGUCUGUGGCCCUCAUGGCUGCCAUCGUCUUUGGCGUUUGCUAUAGGAAAAAAGGGAAAGCACUCACAGCUUAUUUGUGGCACUGGAUGAAUGAGGCUUGUGGCCGCCUAAGUGGAGAUAAGGAGUCCUCAGGCGACAGUUGUGUCAUUCCACACACGGCAGCCUUUGGUCAGCAGGGAGUGUGUGAAGGUGUCUUACUGCUGACUCUGGAGAAGAAGACAUUUCCAGAAGAUACGUGCUACCCAGAUCAAGGUGGUGUCUGUCAGGGCACGUGUGUAGGAAGUGGUCCCUACGCACAAGGCGAAGAUGCCAGGAUACUCUCAUUGGUCAGCGAGACCGAGAUAGAGGAAGACUGCUUCAGACAGAUGCCCACGGAAGAUGAAUACAUGGACAGGCCCUCCCAGCCCGCAGACCGUUUACUGUUCCUCCCUGAGCCUGGAAGCAAAUCCACACCUCCUUUCUCUGAACCCCUGGAGGUAGGGGAGAAUGACAGUUUAAGCCAGUGCUUCACAGGGACACAGAGCACAGUGGGUUCAGAAAGCUGCAGCUGCACUGAGCCCCUGUGCGGGACUGAUUGGAUUUCCAUGUCCUCUGAAAACUACUUACAAAAAGAGGUGGACGGUGGCCAUUGCCCGCACUGGGCAGCCAGUCCCAGCCCUAACUGGGCAGAUGUCUGCACAGGCUGCCGGAAUCCUCCUGGGGAGGACUGUGAACCCCUCGUGGGUUCCCCGAAACGUGGACCCUUGCCCCAGUGUGCCUAUGGCAUGGGCCUUCCCCAUGAAGAAGCAGCCGGCAGGACAGAGGCCAGAGACCAGCCCGAGAACGGGACUGAUGGGAGGCUCCCAAGCUCGGCAAGGGCAGGCGCCGGGUCUGGAAGCUCCCCUGGUGGCCAGGCCCCUGCAUCUGGAAAUGUGACUGGAAACAGUAACUCCACGUUCAUCUCCAGCGGGCAGGUGAUGAACUUCAAGGGCGACAUCAUUGUGGUCUACGUCAGCCAGACCUCGCAGGAGGGCGCGGCGGCGGCGGCGGAGCCUGUGGGCCGCCCGGUGCAGGAGCAGACCCUGGCGCGCCGCGACUCCUUCGCGGGGAACGGCCCGCGCUUCCCGGACCCGUGCGGCGGCCCCGAGGGGCUGCGGGAGCCGGAGAAGGCCUCGCGGCCGGUGCAGGAGGAGGGCGGGGCCAAGGCUUGAGCGCCCCCCAUGGCCCCAGCGCCGACCACCCAGGGAUCGAUCGGUACAGUCGAGGAAGACCACCAGGCAUUCUCCGCCCACCUUGCCCUCCAGGAAAUGGACUUUUCAGGAAGUGAAUUGAUGAGGACUCUCCCCAUGCCCACGGAUGCUCAGCAGCUCCCCUGCGCUGGGGCAGAUGCCUCCCCUGCCGCCCCUCAAACUCGCAGCAGUAAUUUGUGGCACUAUGACAGCUAUUUUUAUGACUAUCCUGUUCUGUGGAGGGGGCGGUCUGUGUUUUCCCCCCAUAUUUGUAUUCCUUUUCAUAACUUUUCUUGAUACCUUUUCCCCCUCUUUUUUAAUUUAAAGGUUUUCUCAAAAAUUAUCCUAAAGGUGAGGGUCUCUUUCUUUUGCGUUUUUUUGUUUUUGUUUUUGUUUUUUUGUUUUUGUUUUUGUUUUUUUGGCAACCUGGCUGUGGCCCAGGUUGGAGUGCAGUGGUGCGAUCAUAGCCCCGUGCAGCCUCUAACUCCUGGGCUCAAGCAAUCCAAGUGAUCCUCCCACCUCAACCUCCGGAGUAGCUGGGAUCACAGCUGCAUGCCAUGCCCAGAUUCUCCCCCUCCCCCGCACCGAGACAGGGUCCCACCAUGUUACCCAGGCUGUUCUCAAACUCCCCAGCUAAAGCAGUGCUCCAGCCUCGGCCUCCCAAAGUACUGGGAUUACAGGCGUGAGCCCGCACGCUGGCCUGCUUUACAUAUUUUCUUUUGUGCCCCUUCGAAGUCACAGUGUUUUGGAGAUGGCUUUCCCGGUUUGUGUUCAUUGUAAGCACUUUAGGGAAAAGGCUAAACAUGCGAGGCCCGGAGACAGUUGCUGGGAACAUGUGGUGGGACUUCCAUAUUCUGAAAAAUGUUCUGUAUUCUCGUUUUUCUAAAAGAAAGAAAAAAGGAAACCCUAUUUUUUUUCUCCUGAAUGUUUUUAAGUUUGUGUCGGUCCUUAAGCAGAACUAAGCUCAGUAUGUGACCUUACCCCCUAGGUGGUUAAUUUAUCCACGCUGGCAGAGGCACUAAGGUACUUGGUAACCAAAUUUCUAAAACUCCAAGUUGCUGCAGCUUGGCAUUCUUGUUCUAGAGGUCUCUCUGGAAAAGAUGGAGAAAACGAACAGGACAUGGGGCUCCUGGAAAGAAAGGGCCAGGGAAGUUCAAGGAAGAAUAAAGUUGAAAUUUUAAUUUGCA